ACCACUCACCACUCACCGACACUAUUUAGUGUUUACAUAGUCAACCCUUUUAUACGCGUCAAUGUUUCUCCCGUCAUUUGACGUUUAGCAAAAGAGCCUAAGACAGCAAGUGCAUCACCAUUCAAUCAUCUUGCGGGUUGUGCAGUCAUUUGCUACCAAUCUGCGUAGGGUGAUUUAUUGGAAUCUGCAGUGCUGGUCUAUAAGCACAACAAUUUCAUCAUGGACCCAAAUUGUAAAUCCUUCGAAUCCUUGAAAGAAGCCGGCAACCAAAUUUUCAGAGAAACAUUUCGAGACGAUUUGCUUUCACCUGCCGUGUACCAACAUCGGAUGUGCUCAGCUUUGCAGUACUACAACAAGGCCGCUACUUUGGCUCGCAACGCUCAAGAGAAAUCGUCUAUUUUGAAGAAUAUGGCCGCUACAAAAUUCCGCAUCGGGGAGCGGCUAUACACCCGAAAGUAUCAACAUCCGGUUCGCAACUUAUUCGCAAACUUACAAUCGACUCUGCAACUAGAAAAAGAAUUGAAAUUUUAUUUGGAAGGAAGUCUGGAAGACUUUGUCGAGGCAGCCGAAAUUGGAGAACCAGUCCAAAACGAUGAUUGGUUUUCGAAGCUGCUCGAAAGUCAAAUCACAUGUGCUUAUUUUCUCUGGAAUUUCUUCUUAAAAUCGCUGAAAAAUGAGGGAUUGCCCAUUCUCUUUGGACAAUUGCAUAAAAUUUGCUGGAAUAAGACUGCAUAUGGUCGAUCUAGCUUUUUUCUCAAACUAGCUCGUUUGACAUUUGAAAAGGCCAUCGAACUUCAAGAAAAUGGAAGGUUCACCGAAUCCCUCCAGUUGCUGCACGACAACUACCUCAACAUUGAAGAAGCUAAGAAAGAUAAAUACCAAACAAUCGAAGAGGCUAUCGAAUUAGAAGAGUCCAACUUCAUCCACUUGUCCAUUGGCGAGUCGACUUUGGCCAGGCAAAAAGGGGAUGACCUCUGGAGAGAAAUUACGAUGGAUCAAGAAAACAUCCAGAUGGAACUGGUGUGGGAUGCUGUCGACUGUUAUGUCCAAUCGAUCGUCUUGUCUAGAGACAAAUCGCUGGAAAGCGAAGCCAUGGCUCACAGUCAUCUCGGUCGACUUUACGAGUUGCUCAGGUUCAAUGAGAAAUCUCACGUCCACUACAAACUCACCGUGGAUCUGGUGGUUGCCAUGCAGCCCAAGAAUUUCAACGACCACCCUUGGUACAAACAAGCUCUGGCCGGAUUGCAUCAGUUCCAGCAGCAGCAGCGAUGGAAGGAAAAAGGAGAAAAGGAGCGGGUUCGCGCUCCGAUAGUUGAGGAGUUGAAAGAUGUGCUGUACGAAAUGAAACGAGCGUCGGCAAGAUCAGCCGAGUCGCUGAUAGACUUCAUCUAUGCUAAUCAUCCACCCAAAAACGGGCAACAGAAGUCAGCUGAUGGUAACUUGAAGACCCAAUUGAAAAUGGCCCUAUUACAUUAUCACCCCGACAAACAGAAUAUGGAAACUCACGGAUUGGAGUGGAUGGUUAUGGCCGAAGAGAUAACACUUUUGCUAACUUUUCAUUUUUCCGUGUUCAAAACCUAAAAAUGUAUCUCUUACAGUUACGCAACUUAUAAUUAAGAUGGGUCUAUCGGCAGAGGCGUCGUUUUAAUGCAUAUGUGGUCUGUUUGUGUGCCUUGUUACCUCGUAUAUGCCAAACCAGUUAAACGUUCACAAAAUAAAUUGUUAUCCAUUUGUGGUUCAACAGGCUCAUAUGAGUCUUGAAUAGUACGGAGCAUAUAAUUUGUUGAUUUCUUUAUUUCUCGAUUGAGGAAUUUUUGAAACGUUGUUCAUUCCCUCCAUUUCCGAAAAGUGUCAAUACAGAAUUUGAUCUCCGUUACCUGA